AUGUCAAACCCGACGCUGAUCUAUUCCGUCAUGUCGAAGGGCCAAGCACCUAAGCUAUAUACUGAGCUGACGAAUGUGAAAGGGGCGCGUGUGGUCAACAAUUACGAUGGUACAAAUAAGGAGAUUGGGAGAUUGAUAGAAACAACUCUCUUUAUACCAAAGGGUACAACGCUAGCUUUCGCAGUGCCUAAAGGCGUCGGGGUGAGAGUUAGUCGCCCCAUCCUCAACGCUGACGGAAGCGAGGGCGGCACUGAUCGAAAAAUUGUGAAGCACCAAAUCGAUGAUGAGCACUAUUGCAUCAUCGUAGCGGAGCAGGACGGCACUUCCACCACUUCAAUUACAAGCCGAUCCGGCGUGAUGUAUAUGUUGAUUCAUUUAGAAGAUGCCGUGCCCACAAUUGGGGUCAACAAUGUUCUCUCGUUGCUGGGGUUUUAUAGCUCGGGUUCGAGGGAAGAGUCGCAACACCUGUUCUUGGAGCACAAUACGGAUUUCCUUAAACUCGGGACGUCACUAAGUGACGCCACAAAUGACCUUCCCGUUGAGCUGUGGUACAAUGAGGUAAGACGGCUUCUUUUUUGUGUUCUAUUGUUAUUGCUAGCAGUGGGUUUGCACUUUUCAACGGACGGUUCAAAGAGGAACUUGUUACUAUUCCUGUCUGAGCUGGCCACCACAAUCUUGUUCAUACAAUCAUACGCGGGUUUUAAAAAUAGAAGAUUCAACUUAUGUGCACAAAAGAUUGGCAAGUUGGUAUCAGACGUAAGUUUCAUCCUACAGCUCCUUGCGGAAAGGAGCGGCACGGGCCUUGAGGUAUCAGCAUGGGCCCUGCCCAUGUUGCGCAGAAAGCGGGCAUUCAUGACAAGGGCUAUAAUAGACCUAACAUCUGUUGCGGGAAGCUUGGAUGAAAGUGUCCUUUCUACAGGACUAGCCCUCACCCUACUUGGGGUGAAGGUGAGCGGCCUGUGCUGUGCUUUUGAUGGCGACAGUAGCUCUGACUGCAACGUUGUAUGUAAUGGUGUCAUGUCCCAGGAUCCUAUCAUAGUUGCGCUGGGGGGGGGUUCCUAA